AGUUUAUGUAUGUAAUGCUGAUAAUAGUAAAAUAUUGUUAAAUCUAAACAUACAUAUAUAUAUAUUUUGUAGGGACUAUUUUGCCUUGCAAUGCCCAGUAUCUGCCUGCAAAACCUUAUCUUGAAACUAUUGUUAAACAGUGUCUCAGGCAUGGCAUAACCGUUUUAUGUAACAGCUUUCUGUGAGGUAGCUUUUGGCAUUAAGCUCUCUGGACAUCUGGUUCUUAUAACCACCACUGUGGACAAUUUCGAUUUGGUAAGUUUUUCCAGAAUGACAUUCCACACCAAACCACUCUGAACGGCUUUGUUUACACGUUAACCCUUUAAUAGAAAUUUUGAAAAUAGGGUGGAAUUCCCAUCUAACCCUUACGGCGUAUACUUGAAAGUAUUAUAUGGAUAGUACAAACUGUUUAACCCUGCUGAAAAAAAUCAUAGGAACCAUUAAGAGUUUGUUUGUUCCUGGUGGUGUCCAGUAGUCACUAAUGUGUUUUUGUGUUUUCCUGAAAGUUUGAUACGACAGUGUGAACGAUCCUAAUGGUUUAACAGGUGUUCUAGGACUGAGUCCAGAUCUAAAGGUGUCUUACAGGAAACUCGUGGUACCCAUUAAGCCAAUUCCCAUUAGAAAGCAAAACCAUCAGGUUUUAACCCUUAUGGUUCUAAUGGUCUUUUUUUCAGCAGGGAGGUGUGUUUAUGGUUUUACUGUACCUUUAAAUGUGCAUAAAUGCUGCUGUCGCUAAAUGUUUUAAAUAAAAUAUGAGUUGGGGAAACUAUCGACGUGGCGAUGCUUUAUUCCAGUUAAAGAGUCACCGCUUACUCCAGUCCAGCUGGUGGUAGCAAUAAGCCUUUAAAAGAAACUGCUGAAGGUGUAAGGUUGUAAACAAGGGGAGCUAGCUAGCCAACCAUGGCUAGCAUACAGCGAUGUGCUACAUAGAGCUGGAUUAUAACGUUACUGCACGACGUCCUCGCUUUUUAUGGAUGAAAAGGGAAAGAUGACAUGGAGAUAACACGAACACGGCCAUCGCUUUUUAGUGAUAUUGCACAUGGCCUGGGCUUUUGGACAGACCGAUCAGCAGUGCAUGAAGCAGCAGCUCGUGGAAGAGUGGCGCAGCUUCAGCAGCUGAUUGCAAAUGGAGCGAUGGUCAAUAUUGUAGCCGUGGACUCCAUUACCCCACUCCAUGAGGCUUGUAUACAAGGCCAAACGCAGUGUGUGAAGCUGCUGUUGGAGGCUGGAGCUCAUGUGGAUGCCCGUAACAUAGAUGGGAGCACACCACUGUGUGACGCUUGUGCAGCUGGUAGCAUUGGGUGUGUGAAGCUCCUGCUGGAGUAUGGAGCCGCGGUAAACCCUCCUCUCUUCACCUUCUCCCCUCUGCAUGAGGCCUGCAUGGGGGGUAAUUCAGAGUGUGUGCAGCUCAUGAUAACUGAGGGGGCUUUCAUGGAGGCCCACGAUUGUCACUUUGGGACCCCUCUUCAUGUGGCUUGUGCCAGGCAGCAUCUAGACUGUGUCAAAGUUCUCCUGAAUGCAGGUGCAAAUGUAAAUGCUGCAAAGCUUCACGAGACAGCCCUUCACCAUGCUGCUAAAGCAAACAAUCUGGAGAUGAUUGAGCUGUUGGUUGAGUUUGGGGGUAACGUGUUUGCCAGAGACAACCUUGGCAAGAAGCCCAUCCAUUACACCAACGCUGGAUCGCCAGCAGCACUCUGCCUGGACUUCUACGAAACUGAACCCCUUAGUCUUCAGCACUUAAGCAGGAUUGCUCUCAGGAAAGCACUGGGGAAAAGAGCGCUGGAAGUGCUGCCUCAGCUGGGGCUGCCCAACCGCAUGAUCUGCUACCUCACAUACAGGCCUGCGCCAACACUGGAGCUACUGACCAGCUCACAAUGUGGGCCCUGACAUUGACCAAUUCAGGCUGGCUGACUGACUGAAUGCGCUGGGAAAAUAAGGGAAACUCCAUACAUAAUAUAUAAUGACACUUACCUCUCAUUAGUGCUGCAGUUUGUGAAGUUGCUGUGAAGCCCUGCUGUGAAGUUCAAUUAAUGCUCAGAUCUAAAUCAAAAUGAUGCCUUUUAAUGUGUGUUUUUCCCCUCAUUAUUUCACAUACAAGUAAGCAGAUAAAAGUAUAGAGUUGAUUUCAAAUGUGGCAUUUGCAUUUUGAAUUGGUUAGUGUAAAGUCUCAAUAUUAAGUCCAAAGAGCUUAUAGAGUCAUAUAGAGCCAUCAUUAGGCUGAAAAAAUCAAACAAACCCAUCCGAGAGAUAACAAAAACAUUAGGGGUGGUCAAAUCAACUGUUUGUUAUACUAUUAAAAAGAAAGAAAGCACUGGUCAGCUCAGAAACACCAAAAGGCCUUGAAGUCCAUAGAAAACAACUGUAGUGGAUGACAGAAUUCUUUCCGUGGUGAAGAAAAAAACCCUUCACAACAUUUGGCCAGACUAAGAACACCCUACAGUUGUUAGGCGUAUCUGUGUCAAGGUCAGUAAUCAAGGAAAAGACUUCAUCAGAGUAAAUACAGGGGGUUACCACAAGAUGUAAACCAAAAACAGGAAGACCAGAUUGGAGUUUGCA